CCCAGGCCCAUGACUUGCAGUCUGCUGGCUGAUGAAGAAGAAGAAGAAGAAGACUCGCGACCACUGUUCUAAAUUUUCUGCAGAAGCUGAAGAAAACGUCGGUUGAAAGCAUCAGUUCUUGCACAUCAUGGGAUCUCCGGUUAAGGGCAUUCUGAGAAAGUACAUCGCCCCGAAGGACACUCGGCGUCUGUCCUUCGCUGCCGACGUCAAAAACCCCGAAGAUGAUCCCCUUCCUCCGCCGGAGGCGUUCAUUAUUAGGCGUCCGAGCUUUGCUGCUGGGGGAGUAGCGGCAAGUCCAGAGGGCGGGUCACCAGACGCUGUAGUUCCCGGAGGACCUCCUGGAGCGGUACCCGGGCGAGUCCAGGUGGAAAUAGUGCGAGACGACGACGGCGUGCUCGGAGGCAUCUUCGGUGACGACUCGAGAGCUAUCGUGCCAGUAGUAAUGUGCGCCACACUUGUUUUGAUCCUGGCCGUGGCGGGUUUCAUCGUCAGCCUCUUCGCGUCGUCGUCAUCCAAAACGGAAAAACCGCCAGAGCCCAUCGUCACCUUCAACGACACCAACGUCACUAUGACUAAAGUGACCUCUGCUGGCCGACACCACUUCGGUGUCACGCGUUUAAACAUGCCUUCUGAGAAUACCGCCAGUGGUGUGGAGGAGGAAACGCAGUGGGACCGUAGUGACAGGCUGACUACAGUCGACGAGGACAGCCCUGAUCUUGCCGAAUGGAGCGACACAUCUACAAGUGAUGGUGAAAGUGCUGGGGAUGGUAAGGCUGCAGCCCGACGCCACUAGUAUUGAUAUGGUGCGUGGAUAGGACAAAACAAGCUACGCUGUUAUUUAUAGCGUACAUAUGCGUGUAUAUUUAAGUUUACAAAACAUGGCAGCUGAAUUAAACCUGUUGUUGUA